AUGAUAACGCACAAAGUGCUGACGCUUCUAUUUCUGGUGUUCGCUCUGGCAUUUGCCGAGCUGGAUCUGGGUAUCAAGGAAGAUAUGUCGGUUAGGCUGGGGAAGACCAAGGAAGGGGGAAAGGGAAAUGACAAUGAUGGUGAUCGUCAAUAUGUUUGGAGCUCAAUUGUUAAGCUGAACAAGGACAAAGAAGCGAAGGAAGUAAUCACGGACAGCCAAAUGAUUGCACUGGUGCAUCACGCCAGCGAUGAGAUGAAUGCGGAUGCCGACUUUAAGGCCGCUCCCGCCGCCCUACAACCAUCCGUUAUGACUGCCCUCCUUGUCGGUGAUGAAGUCUACCUGGCUUCGUCUAUGAAGGGCGACUAUUCCUUUAUCUACGAACACAAUGCGAAACCCAAGAAGGGCAAAAAAGCAGGCACUGGAGAAAUCCGAGCCCAUGUGCCCGAGGAGAUUAAAACUGCUCUCGGAAAGGCGAAGGAGCCCCCGAGGGAAAACGAUCAGCAUAAGAAUGACGCCUCCUGUGGAGAAGUAAUGGCCAGCUAUACCUAUCUGCUGAAGAACCACGGAGCGAAACUACAAGGCCAAAACGCCCGGACGAUUGCCUGGAUACAUGACAAGAGCAAAAACCAAGCUUAUGAUCCCUGCGGUACCGGGGACAAGGUAUGGGGAUGUGACGCCUUUUGCACUAAGAUGGGCUUCAAGGUUAUUGAUACCAAAACCCCGGAAGACAAACAGGAGAAUAUCCCCGGUAUUUCCAAGCAUUCUCAACAAGAGCUUAUGACUCCGGCGCUGCAAAAAGAGGUUGCUGAGAUUAGAGACACAAGAGAGAGAAAGAAAGAGGCAGAGAAGAAAAAGAAAGAAGCAGAGGAGAAGAAAAAGAAGGAGGCAGAGGAGAAGAAAAAGAAGGAGGCAGAGGAGAAGAAAAAGAAGGAGGCAGAGGAGAAGAAAAAGAAGGAGGCAGAGGAGAAGAAAAAGAAGGAGGAAGAGGAGAAGAAAAAGAAGGAGGAAGAGGAGAAGAAAAAGAAGAACAAGGGCAAUGGCGGCAAGAAGACGCCGGGCGUGUCAAAGCCAGCGGCGCAAGGAAAGAGGGAGGUGACCUGGCAAGCAUGA